UAUAGUGACGGCUUGUGGUCCGCCGCAAAAAAAGAAUUAGGAGACGAACUAUUAUCUCAGAUCCACUUCGAGCAAGGUGAUAAGCAAAAGACACUCACUGAACUGUUUGAGGCUACUCAAAAAGCAGAAGAACGCAUGAGAGGCAAAUCUUGGUCUUUCAAAAGAGAGAAUGGCAAGGUUGUCUUUGUACGCGACCUCCUAGCAAAGGCAACUAAGUGGAUCAAACACUUUGAGGCAGUUGGUGAUAUUAUGACACAGUGCGACCCUGUCCAUGCUGGUCUACCUUGGGCAGGUGUUCGAUUUAUAUUGAUUGUUGCGACUGGUGAUAUCAAUACGUACGCGAACUUGCUGGAUAGAACCAUCAGCAUUGUGGAGAUCAUUUGUCGAAACGCUGUCCUUGAAAAAAUACUGCCCGAUCAUCAGUCAGAGACUCAGGAAGAGCUGCGUCGCGAUCUUGUCAAGUUAUACACAAAGAUUCUAACCUAUCUUGCCAAAGCAAAGUCAUACUAUGAGCAGAAUAGAUUCAAGAGUAUUGUUAAACAAGGACUCCUUGCAUCAUCUGACUUUGAGUCAGAGUUUGCAGCUAUCAAUCAAGCCCAGGCAGAUGUCGAUCGUUCUGCUACCAUCUUCGGCUUACAAUACCAACUGGAAGCCCGAACGGAGCUCAGUCAGAUGCUACAGAACUUUGAUGCUCCCAUGAAUCGCUGGGACAAGGCACUGCAUGCCAUCACGGAUGAACUAGAAGGUAAAAUGCUAACAUAUAGCAUUUUCCGUUUGCUGAUUAGUGUAGUAAAAGAAAGAAGGGAUAUCCUCAGUUGGAUCUCUGACCAGCCUUUCGAACAAUAUCACGAUCAGGCAAAGAGCGAGGUCUUGAGUGGAACAGGCACGUGGCUUCUGCAUGAUUCGCAAUUCAUACGUUGGAAAAACGAAUGCGCCUCUUCUAUCUUAUGGCUCUACGGAAUUCCAGGCUCCGGGAAGAGCAAGUUGGUGUCUGUCGUUAUAGAAGAUGCUAUGGAGGCAUUCCGAACCAAGAAGGCAGCGUGUCCAGUCUAUUUCUACUGCUCCCGCAACCCGGCCGAACCUGGACGUUCUGAUCCUGCACGAAUAGUGGCUAGUAUUGCAAAACAGCUCUCCACGCCCCUGAGACCGGGACCACUUCUUGAACCCACUAUCGAGAUCUACAAAGAAUACCAAGCUAACGACUUCUCAUCUGGGCCACUCACACUAGAAAAGAGCAAGGCGUUAAUCCUCGAGCUCCUUGAACGAUAUCAGAGUGCGACCAUUGUGAUCGACGCCCUAGACGAAUGUAACCCGCAAACUCGAGGAGAUCUGCUGGAUACUCUAGAAGAUCUUUUGAAAGGAUCCCCCUGCCUGUUGAAGAUAUUCGUAUCAAGCCGUACGGAUCGAGAUAUUACAUACAAGCUGAACAACUAUCCGAACCUGCACCUCUCCUCCGACCGCAACACAGCGGAUAUCGACUUGUUCAUUCGGUCCGAGACAUCUCUGCUUAUCAAGAAGGGCAAUCUGCUACGGGACAGCGACAGACAGAACGAAAUUCGGGAUAAGAUUGUCAACAAGCUCUCUUCAAAGGCGGGAGGCAUGUUUCGCUUAGCUAGUUUGCAGUUACAGGAUCUCUGCCAACAGGCAACUGACGACGCGGUCUUGGAGAGACUUGGACGACUGCCAAAAACGUUGGAGGAGAGCUAUUGUGAGAUUCUUACGAAAAUCGAAAGCAUGAACGCAAUUGCAGACAGACAGUAUGCACGAAACGCUCUCAGCUGGCUGCUUUGUGCUCAACGGCAACUCCAGUCCGAUGUAUUCCUAGCUGUUGUCUCCGUGAAAAAAGAUCGAUCCGCUUCUCUGAUAUCGAAAGGCCAGCUCUUACACAUAUGCUCAAACUUUGUCAUUUUCGACUCCACAGCCGACACUUUCAGGUUCUCACACUUGACGGUGAGAGAGUUUCUUGAAGGUCGAGAGAUAUUCAAAGAAACAUCUGCCAAUGCUCUCGCGGCAGAAGCUUGUCUUUUGAAGCUCAUCGAAGCAGCGCCAGGAACUUUUAUGCAGACGCCACCUUUGAAGUAUGCUUGUUUAUUUUGGGCUGAACAUGCUCGUGUAGCUUGUCAAGAAACAUACAUGCAACGAAACGAUACCUUGUGCGAGUUCUUAGGUUCAGACAAGGCUGGUUCAUGCUUUCAUCGUUGGCAUGAAAGUGUUGAGGGUCUUUUGGACAGUCAAAGGUUACCGAUUGAAGUUUAUCGGAGACUCAACGCUGCUUUGUCCCACGUACCUCGCGUUCUGCUUGUGGUUUGUGCGUACGACUUGUGUGGUGUUCUUAGCCCUGAGCAGUGGAUAGAGCUGGCGCAACAACGACCCAGGAAUAGGGAAGGUGAAACACACCAGGAGAUUGCACUCUGUUACGGGAGCGGUGAAAUUCUAGAAUGGCAGUUUCAGAACGAGCUUCGCUUCGAAGUAACAGAAAGGGUCAUCGAGAUUGCAGCCAGAAACAUGGAAAACGGAGAAAGGGUGGUAGCACUUCUUCUUGACCAUAGAGAGGGAACCAAUAUGCCAAUCACAAAAGGGAUAAUCGAGGCUGCAAGUUGGAAUUGGAGAAGCGGGGAAGAGAUAAUGACGAUGCUUCUCGAGAGGCACGGAAUCGACAUCCCUAUCACACAAGACAUCGUCAGGGCUAUUGUGAGGAACUUUGGUCAACCCAUUUUCCAGCAACUUGUUGACAGGGCCGGGGGCGAGAUCCAUAUCCAAGAAUGGGUAUUUAAGGCAGCGUUUGGAAAUCAAAAACAUGGCAAAGAGAUUACAGCUAUGCUCCUGGACAUGAGCAGGGGUGAGAUUCUGAUCACAGAGGAAAUAGUCAGUACUGCUGUUACAAGAGCCUAUGAUGGCAAGGACAUACUAGAGCUAUUGCUCGGUCAUCUGAGAGUUAGCCUCUCAAUCACAGAAGAUGUAUUAAAGACUGCAGCUAAAUAUUGGGGCCUCGAUGGAGAAUUAUGGACAUUUCUUCUGGACAACCGAGGGAUAGAAGUUCCGAUUACAGAGGAUAUUGUCAAACUUGCAGCUGAAAACUACGAAAAGGGCGACGAGUUGAUUGCCAGACUUCUCGAUAAAUGGGCCACUAUCAUCCCAAUCACACCAGCAGUCAUCAGGGCAGUAGUUGAGAAUCUCCAGAAAAGUACAUUCCAGAAGUUUCUCAGCAUGACUGAGGUUGAGAUUCUUAUUACAGGGGAUCUCGUUCACUCAACAGUCAUGAACUGGCGAAGUGGUGAGGGAGUGCUGGCAUUACUUCUCGAAGAAGGAACUACUGAGAUGAACAGAAUGGAAGAGGUAGUUAAGGCAAUCGUGACGAGAUCCGACCCAGGUAUUCUCCAGCAGUUUCUUGAUAAGAAUGGGGUCGAGGUACAAAUCAAGGAAGAUAUCGUUGAGGCAGCAGCAGGGAAUCACUAUAACGGCGAUCAAAUGAUAGCCCUGCUUCUUAAAGCAAACGGCGGACAGAUCCCUAUCACAGAAAAGGUGAUCAGUGCAGCUCUGAAUAAUCCCAACAGCGGAGAAAAAACAGUAGCACUACUUGUCGAAAAGAGUGCUAAUGCGAUUCCAAUGACAGAGGAGACCAUCGAGGGAAUUGCCGGGCAUGUGGGUGAAUCCGUAUUUCGACAACUUAUCGAAAAGCGGGGUAGUGAGAUCCCGAUUACAGGAAAGGUGAUCGAAGCAGCAACAGCUACUCCCGAGAAUUGCAAGGAAGUAAUGGCCUCCCUUCUCGAACAAGGCACAGUCACCACUGAUGCCAUAGAAGGGGUCAUUCAGACAAUCAUAAGGGAAUCUGAAAAAGCUAUUCUUCAGCAAUUUCUUGAUCAGAACAGACUGGAGAUUCAGAUCACAGAAGACAUCGUUAAGGCAGCAGCAAAGAAUAAGAGCGAUGGCGAUGAGAUGAUAGCGUUACUGCUUGAGAAGCAGAUUGAGGCUGUACCUAUCACUGAAGAAGUGAUAAUAGCCAUUGUAAGGGAUUUGAAUGCGACUGUCUUGAGACAGAUUUGGGAUAGUGGCAGAGUCAAGAUCAAGAUCACAGAAAAGGUCAUCGAGGCAGCGGCGGGGAACUUUGACCACGGCAAAGAAAUGGUGGCGUUUCUUCUUGAGAACCAAGAAGAAAACCUUUCAAUCACUAAGAGGGCAGUUGAAACUGCAGCAGGGAAUCGGAGAUGCGGUAAUGGGAUACUAGCGCUACUUCUCGAAAAGCGAGGGGGAGAAAUUCCAAUCACAGAGGAAGCGCUUAUUGAGGUCGUUUAUCAUCAAUGGGAUAGCACGGAAACAAUGACGCUACUUCUCGAAAAGAGCAGAACCGAAAUUUUGAUCACAGAGGAUAUCAUGAAGGCAGCGGCUGCAAGUCACAAUGGCGGUAGGAAAUUACUGGCGCUUCUUCUGGAGAGACAAGGAAGAGAGCUAAAGAUCACAGAAGGCAUAGUAGAAGCUGCAGCUUGGAACUCCUCUUAUGGUAGGGACGUGAUGGCGUUGCUUCUUGAAAAGGGCGGGCCCGAGAUUCCGAUUACGGACAAGGUGAUCAACGCGGUAGUUGGGAAUAAGGGUACGGGCAAGGAGAUACUAACGCUGCUUCUUCAAUGGGGUGUAUUGGGGAUUCCAAUUACAGAAGAGAUCUGGAAGGCAGCACGAAGGAGAAAGGAUAGUACAGAAAUUACCGCUCUGCUUUUACAGCUUGUUGACGCUGAUGAGAACACUACUGCGUUGACGACGGGAAAGAUGGGCGAUAAAGAAAUGGACCGAGAGCAAGUUCAAAUAAACACGCAGGUUGGAUUAAUAGGCUAUUGUAGGUACUUGUUACUUUGUGCUAUUUUGAUUAUUUUUUUAUUCUAUUAUUAUUAGUUUUAUAGUUUAGUUUUAUAAAAACGCGCUCAAAUUUGCUGGC